GACAAAACCGUGGAAAUAUAUAAAAUUUAAUUAUUAUUAAUAUUUAAUAUUUAUUUUACUGAAAAAGUGUCCGAUUAUUAUAUAUUAUCGCGUGUGUUUCAAUACUAGAACCAGAUUUUCUUCAAAGAAUGCCGAAAAAGGGCCAUCGUAAAAAUUCCAAGAAAAUGAAGCAACAGAGCCAGGAGACCGCAGUGCGUUCCGCCGAAAAGAAGCAGCUCAAGGAGAUGCUGGAGGAACGAGAUCUGUUCCGUCCGGGGAUGAAAAUCCAAGAAAUGCGAGAGCUGUGCUCGGUAAUUGAACAGUCAAUGUUGGACCAUGAAGUACAUCAGAGAAUCAACCAGUACAAUGGAACCUAUUUAGAUGAGGAUUCACUCAAUCCGAUUCUGCGUGACUUCUCCCUUCUGGAUAAUCCAGCGUCAUCGACCAAGGUCAACGUUAUCAGCGAUCCGUCCAUCCCGCCGACGGAUGCAUCUCCGCCACCGAAGAAGUUCUUCGGACGUGGUCAAUCGCCCGGAUUGGUACCGGAAUUUUCCCCGCUGACAUCACCCGCGCCAGCGAGGGAAAUUGGCACCGCAAAGCCGUCCUACGAUGCACCGGACAGCGACAGCGAUGGGGAAUUCUAUUCGGUGGAAUUUCCAGGCCGAUGCUGCCUCGUAAAGCAUGUGGUGACAGUCGAAAUUCAUCCGGAACCACACGGCCGUGGGGGAGAUGAAGACGAUGGAGAGUGUCAAGCUGACUCGUCGUCGCAAGGAAUAAGGUCCCCGCGGAAGCAAGUAAAAUUGCCGUCGAAUGCGUGGGACGCCAUUAACGAAGUCGACUGAAUCAUACCCGAAAUUGCGUCGUUAUUGUUUUUGGUAAUCGUAAUCGAAAGAGUUUUAGACAACGAGCCAGGUGUUAUCAGUCAUUUGGCUGCAUUGAAUUCGAAUUUAUUAUAUGUAACUCAAGUA